AAAAGCGCAAACGAAGAAGAGAUUCCAACAUCACUUCCGCUCUUUUGCCGGCGUCUUCAGGCGCUGUUUGCAAACGGUCCGGUCGAAACGUGCCUACUUCUAUAGCUUUUUUAUUUUUUUUUUAAUCCAAGAAAGGUACCUUUGCUUUUAACUUCUGACCCCUCGACUUGGCGAAAUGGGAGAUCCAUCGUUCAAUAAAGACUGUCCCCUGGACUGCAAAGUCUAUGUAGGCAAUUUGGGCAGCUAUGGGAACAAGACUGAACUGGAGAGGGCUUUUGGCUACUAUGGUCCACUGAGAAGCGUUUGGGUGGCCAGGAACCCCCCAGGUUUUGCCUUCAUAGAGUUCGAGGAUCCGAGAGAUGCAACUGAUGCUGUGAGAGAACUGGAUGGAAGAACAAUGUGUGGCUGCCGAGUCCGUGUCGAGCUGUCAACUGGUGAAAGACGCUCUCGAAGUCGUGGCCCCCCUCCGUCCUGGGGCAGACGUCCACGCAGUGUUGGCAGGCGCAGCCCACCUGUUCGCAGACGGUCCCCGAGAAAGAGGAGCAUGAGUCGCAGCCGGAGUCGUAGCCGCAGCCGUAGCCGCAGUCGCAGCAGGUCAGUGUCAAGGGACAGGCGCAGGUAUCGCUCCGUCUCCAAGGACAACGGUCGGAAGCGUUCAAGGUCGUUCUCACGAUCAAGGAGUCGCUCCCAUUCAAAUGAGAAGAAAUGAUGCGUCCAAGAGAAGCUGGCUGGUGCAGGAUCUGGCUCUGGUUGUGGAAAUAUGCAUUUUUUUAAUGAUCACAUUUUUAUUCUGUCGUUUCCCAGUAAAGGCUCAGUCGUCAGUCACAGUUUUGAGUCAAUUAAAUACAUUGUUUCUUGCUGUUUUUGUUUUGAACUGAUGCCCUUCGUGAUAUUAGACUUUCUUUUUUUUUUAUAUAUAUACAAGUUGUCAGGCUUUUGUUUUCCUCUGGCUUCACUGAAUGUAGGUAAUGAUGCACCCAUAAGUCACAGUUGAUGGUAAACUAGACUCGCCAGCAGUGUUCACACUGUUGCUGUUUACAACCCGUCUAAGAAACCAAAUGCCACUUUGGUAAUUUCAUUUUGCUUGUUUGUCCACAACAGGACACAUUUUCAUACGUUUUGCUCGCGUCUAAACUAUAUCAAUUUACGGUGAUGCAGACAAACAACUUUAAAUAAACAUUUUCAAAGGUGCAA